AGAAAGAAAAAAAAUUAAAAAAGAGAAAAAGAAAACAGAAAUGGGAUGAGAUGAGAGAAGUGGGAAUUUGAGAGAGGAGCAGGAUGAGGAGAAGCGGCAGCGGCAAGAGCAAUAGGAAGAAGAAGACGAAAGACAAGAGUGAGGAGGAAUUGCAAGUUGAAGAGCUUUUACAAGCAGCACAGGACCAGCUCCUCCUCAACCUUUCCGUUAACUCUCACUUAGCUCGUCCUUCUUCUCACAAUCAAAACAAUUUCGAUCUCGAUCUCGAUCUCGAUCUAGAGCGUCGAUUCCAGGCUCUCAAAUCCAAUUCUCCUGCUGUAUCUGCACCUUCUCAGCGCCAACAACUUGGAGUUGGAGACGGAGACGAAGACGAUCUCUCCGCCAGAUUCGAUGCUCUCAAGGCGAAAUCAGCCUCAACAUCAACAACUAAUUUCGGAUUCGAUAGCAACAGCGCCGCCCUAUACGAACAGGAAAGCGAAGACGAAGACAAAGAGGAACAAGUUCGCAAACUGAUCGAGUGGGCUAUGGACGCCGCGCGUCUCGACGGCGCCACCAAUCCUACAAACCCUAAGGAUUAGGAACCAAAUUGCAGUUGUAGAGAAUGUUGGCUUGUACUUAAACUCUUAAAGAUCCUCAUACUGCUAAAUGCUAAUUAAUAAUAUUGCCUGUGUGUGAAUUCUCCAUCCUAUUAAUGUACAGCAGGUUAGACUUGACU